AUGGACCUCUGGAGUAGCAACGUCUGGGGGAUUAUCACGCAGGUCACCCUGGUUCUUCUCAGCUCGUACGGGGCAACCAAAGGAGAGGUGUGUCACAGUCCGCUGGUUCCCAAUCUGCCGCCGUCGUCCUUCAGAAGCUCCUCCCAGUUGUCGGGCAGCCACGGGCCGGGCUUCGCUAAGCUGAACCGCAGAGAAGGAGCUGGAGGUUGGUCUCCUCUGAGUUCGGACAGGUAUCAGUGGUUGGAGGUCGACCUGGGGGGGCGGACACAAAUCACCGCUGUCGCUACGCAGGGCCGCUACGGCAGCUCUGAUUGGCUGACAGCCUACCUGCUGAUGUUCAGCGACGCCGGACACAACUGGAAACAGUAUCGACGGGAGGAAAGCAUCGAGGCUUUUCCAGGCAACACGAAUGCAGACAGCGUGGUGCAGCACAGGCUGCAGCAUCCGGUGACCGCCCGCUACGUCCGCCUCCUCCCCCUGGACUGGAGCCCCAACGGUCGGAUCGGACUCAGACUGGAGGCCUACGGGUGCCCUCACAACUCCGACGUGGUGAGCCUCGAUGGCCGCAGCAGCCUCCUCUUCAGGCCGAGGCCGACGAGCGGCCAGAGCGUCUCUCUGACCUUCAAGGCCCUGAGGAACUCUGGGACACUUCUUCACGCCGAGGGCCGGAGCGAGCACGGCCUCGUCCUCCGGCUGGAGAAAGGGAAGCUCCUGCUGCUCCUCCGGAAAGGCCGGUCCUCCUCCCCCGACAGCCAGCGCCGGGUGUCUCUGGGCAGCCUGUUGGACGACCAGCACUGGCACCGCGUCGCCGUGGAGCGCCACGGCACCCACCUCAACCUCACCGUGGACCAGAGCACUCUGUGGGUGCAGGUCCCACCGGGGCUCGCCCACUGGGACCACGACCAGAUAAGUGUGGGAGCCGACCACGGCCUCGGCUCUCCGGGGUCGGUCGGGUUCAACAGAAAUUUCCACGGCUGUUUGGAAAACCUGGUUUACAACGGCGUGAACCUGGUGGACCUCGCCAAGAAGACCGACCAGCGGGUCAGCGUGAAGGGCAAUGUGACCUUUUCUUGUGCCGAACCCGUCUUCGUUGCCAUGACGUUCGCCAGCCCCCAGAGCUUCCUCCGCUUGCCCCGGGUGGCGGACGCGUCGUCGUCGACGGGCGUGUCGUCGGUGGGGCUUCAGUUUCGGACGUGGAACGAGGCGGGGCUGCUGCUGACCUUUGACCUCCCGAAGCACGAGGGUGCGGCGUGGCUGUACCUGAGCAAAGCCGGGCUCCACCUGCAGAUCCAUAAGUCUGGCCGGGCGCCGCUGGAGCUCAACGCAGGCUCGGCUCUGAACGACGGCCAGUGGCACUCCGUGGAGCUGAUCUCCAGGCGAGGACGCCUGUCGGUCUCCGUGGACGGCGCCGAUGGAGCCACGGCUCACGCCAGUCCCCCCUUCCUCAUCACCGCGGGAGGUCCCCUCUUCUUCGGCGGUUGCCCCGCCGACGGGAGCGGCCGGGAGUGCACGAACCCCUUCGAGGCCUUCCAGGGCUGCAUGCGCCUGCUCACCGUGCACGACCAGCCGGUGGACCUGAUCCCAGUGCAGCAGAGGCUGCUGGGAAACUACAGUCACCUGCAGAUCGACAUGUGUGGCAUCAUUGACAGGUGUUCUCAGAGUCACUGUGAACAUGGAGGCAGCUGCACUCAGUCAUGGAGCUCCUUCCACUGCAACUGCUCCGGCACCGGCUACAGCGGAGCCACCUGUCACAGCUCGAUAUACGAGCAGUCCUGUGAGGCGUACAAACACGCAGGCAACACGUCGGGCUACUACUACAUCGACGUGGAUGGCAGCGGACCCAUCCGACCGCAGCGCAUGUUCUGCAACAUGACCGAGGACAACACCUGGAUGGUGAUCCAGCAUAACAACACAGAGCUGACGAGGGUCCGGCCGCCUGCGCCGGGGGGGCGGAGCCGGCACGCGGCUCACUUCCGGUACGCGUCUGAGGAGGAGCAGCUGGCGGCCGUCGUCAGCCAAUCGGAGCACUGCGAGCAGGAGCUGACCUACCACUGCAGGAAGUCCCGCCUCCUCAACACGCCAGACGGCCCCCUGCUGAGCUGGUGGGUGGGGGGUCCGGGUGCAGGACGGGUGCAGACGCAUUGGGCCGGAGCUCCGCCCGGCAGCCAGCAGUGCUCCUGCGGCCUGCAGCAGAACUGCCUGGACCUCAAACACUCCUGCAACUGUGACGCCGACCGCAAUGAAUGGGCCAACGACUCCGGCCUGCUGACCCACAAGGAGACCCUCCCGGUCAGGUCCCUGGUGCUGGGCGACGUCCAGCGACCCGGCUCAGAAAGCGCCUACAGGGUCGGGCCUCUCCGUUGUCACGGUGACAAGAACGUGUGGAACGCAGCGUUCUUCGACCAGGAGACGUCGUACCUCCACUUCCCCACGUUCCACGGAGAGCUGAGCGCCGACGUCUCCUUCCUGUUUAAGACCACUUCAUCCUCCGGCGUCUUCCUGGAGAACCUGGGCAUCAAAGACUUCAUCCGGAUCGAACUCGGCUCUUCCUCCGAGGUGGUCUUCUCCUUCGACGUGGGCAACGGUCCUCUGGAGGUCCGCGUGGCGGCCGGCGGCCCGCUGAGCGACGGCCGGUGGCACCGCGUCCGGGCCGAGCGCAACGUCAAGGAGGCGUCGCUGCGCCUCGACGAGCUGCCCGCCGCCACGCGGGAGGCGCCCGCCGACGGGCACAUCCACCUGCAGCUCAACAGCCAGUUAUUUAUAGGCGGCACGGCGUCCCGGCAGAAGGGCUUCCGGGGUUGCAUCCGCUCUCUGCAGCUGAACGGCGUCACCCUGGACCUGGAGGAGCGGGCGAGGAUCACGCCCGGGGUUCAGGCCGGGUGUCCGGGCCACUGCAGCAGCUACGGCUCGCUGUGCCAGAACCGGGGCCGCUGCCUGGAGAGGCCCAGCAGCUUCGCCUGCGACUGCGGCCCGUCGGCCUCCACCGGAGCCUUCUGCGACAGAGAGGUUUCAGCCAGCUUGACGUCUGGAACAUCCGUCAGCUACACCUUCUGGGAGCCGGUGGACGAGCUGAACCGCAGCAGCAGCUCCACGGCCUCCUCCACCCACUCCGACGUGAACCUGAGAGCGGAGAACGUCUCCCUGAGCUUCAGGACCAGCCAGAGUCCCGCUGUGCUCCUCUUCGUGGGCUCCCACCACAGGGAGUACCUGGCGCUGCUGCUCAACAAGCACGACAUGCUGGAGGUGAGGUACCGACUGGACGGCAGCAAAGACGCUGAGAUCCUGAGGAGCCAAGCGAGAAGCCUCGCCGACGGGCAGCUCCACGCCGUCGCCGUCAGCCGGCUGGCGGACGCCGUCUCUGUGCAGAUUGACCAGAACACCAAAGAGGACUUCAACCUGACUUCUGAUGUAGAAUUCAGCGGCGUCCGGUCGCUGGUUCUCGGCAGGGUGCACGACUCUGGUGAGAUGGAUUCGGAGCUGUCUCGGGUCGCCGCUCUGGGUUUCACGGGCUGCCUGUCCGGCGUCCUCUUUAACUCCGUCAGCCCCCUGAAGGCCGCCCUGCUCCACCCGGACACCAGCCCCGUGGUCGUGACCGGUCCGCUGGUCCCGUCUAUUUGCGGCUCCACUUCAGCCAAUCCCUACGCAGCAGAAACCACGCACCACCUAUCAGGCCAGUCUGGAUCCGUGGGAACCGGUCAGCCUGUGGUGAAUGCCAUGAGGAGUGACUCCGCUCUAAUUGGAGGUGUGAUAGCGGUGGUGAUCUUCGUGAGCGCGUCGGCGUUGGCCGUGACGGCCCGAGUCCUCUACCAGAGGAAAGGGACGUGCCGGAGCCGCGAGGUCAAGGCGGCGAAGCCCGAGGACGUCCCGGAGCCGGCGUUCAGCCGCCGGACCGGCUCACACGGCGGCCCGAGUGAGAACCAGAGGGAAUACUUCAUUUAG